AUGACUUCCGAUCAUAACAUCCCUGACCACACCAAUACCAACCGCAAGAGAGCCGCCGCCAACAACGAAGUCCCACCACCCAAACGCCAUCACCCCGAUGCCGUCGAUCAACUCCUAGAGACCAUCAAGUUUCAACAGCAGCAAAUCAACAAGGCUACAGAUAUCUGGGUGCGUCUCAAAGGCGGCGAAGACAAGCUGGGCGAUGCCAAUACCAUCUUCCUUGGCCUAGUCAAGUCUGCCAUGUACAGUGGAAGUCUGGCUGUCAAGUUGGUUGAGAAUCAGGAAGAUGAUGUUGCUGAGCAUGAAGGACACCUCGACAAACGCUUCAGCGACCUGGAAACCUCGCUCAGAGAAGAGCAAAACUCGAGACUCCAAAUCAUCGAAUACGACAUUGCAGCAGACAUCGAAUAUGAGGCAAACGAAGCAGUCGAAGACAUCCUCUUCGGUGAAAGGCUCGCCGCAGCAAUCAGUAAUGCCGUUGCUCAAGAUCCAGAUGUGGUGUGUGAUGAAGAGUUGAUGGAGAUGAAGAAGUUUGUGCGUGCACAGAUGAAGCUUGCUAAGGAUGCUCCCGAGACUUCUCAGGAUGUUCUACGUGAGCACGAGGUCGAGAUUGGACUUUGA